AAUGAAGUUUACCAAACAGCCAUCAAAAUAUUUAUGUCUUGUGUUUAUCAAAAUUUUUAUGUAACGUGUGUUUACGGUUUUAAAUUUAGGAGGACGGAGCGUUGAAACCGAAUUUUCGUAAAGAGCCAUUUAUUUAUCUUAAGAAGUUGCGGAAAAGGUAGUAAGAAUUUAGAAUUUCGUUCGUAAGUAUUUUAGGGCACCGCACCGGCACCGCAGAGGAUUUUGGGUUCUUGCGUGAUGUAAAAUCGUUUGGAUUUGAUAUUUAAAUUAAUUCCUCCUAAAAUAUUAUUAAACAUUCCCUUUGUUUAGGUAUUGUUCAACAAUAUUCAAUUCUGAAGUUUUCUUUUCGAUCUAAUUUUUUUUGUGAUAGAAAUUUUAGAAAGAACUUUUGUGGUGGUGGCACGGACCUGGGGUAGAAUGGCAUUGACAUCGAUUCGAGUGACAUAACGUCGCUCGAAUGUACAAUUCACCUGUAAACAUGUUGACUAUAAAUCCCGACUUUAAAAUACAUUUUGGUGCAUUCUACAGUAUUCUCAAGUGCUUGGACACGUAUGGAAUCUGACAUUAUUAACAAGAAGCAGGUUGAAGAGAGCGCGCCGCGCAUCUUUGACGGAGGCAAGGAAAAGCAUCAUCACCGAUGGCGUGGCCGCUGCGGCUGUCUCCGGACCAGUGACAAGCUCCGGAAGAUCCUUAGCACAUUUCCACCACCUCCUCCACCGCCUACACCUGUUAAGUGUGAUCCAUGCAUAUUAACAUUUUGUCCACAAGUUCAGUCCCAACAGAUGUAUACGGCCGCUACAGUGAAAAAGAGCAACGAUCCCUUUUGCGUCGAUAAAGAGGUAACAAGCCGGUAUUGGCAUGUGUUGUUCGAGUUGGUGCAGCUGAUACAACUUUCGGUGACGGCCACCGCGCUUGCACUCUACUACCUUAUAUAUUGCUAUAUGCAGGUGGUCUACUUCACCCUGAAGAGCGCUCUAUAUUUCCACCAGGCUGACGGACCUAUGAAAAUCACAAUAGCUGUUGUGACAGUUACGUCAGUGGUGGUAGCGUUCAACCUUAUCAUGCGAUUGGAUAAAUUAACCAGAUAAUUUAAAUAUUAAGGCUUAAUUUCAUAUUAAUGAUACAUUUUUGUACGUGAACGAAAUAUAAGGAAAUCGCUUAAAAGCUCAGUCAAGUACUAAAUUAAUAAAGCGGAUUUUCUUAUAACAAAGGUACGUGUAUUUUUGUGAUUGAAACCAUUAAGUGUGUCGCCACUAAAUUAAGCUAUGCAAGUGUACACAAUAAAACCAUUUUGGAAUAUCAUUCUGUUUCUUUUGAAUGGCCAAAGAAGCGUGUCAAAGAGCAUCGUUUUUUUCAUUAGCACGUUGUCUAAUUGCUCGAACCAGUCAUUAGUCUGGUGGAGGCAGAUUGAGCGGAACGAACGGACCACCUGGACAUUGUUUCCCCAAAUGGUUUUGGAAAACGAUUAAGCCCCCCCUCGAGCUUUUGUGCGAGUUCAACUUGGCGGGAACGAAUUUCGCGGAUGAGGAGGCAAGGCUGACUACCAGCCACUCUGGUACCGACGUCCGCGCAACGCGCGCGCGAACCUCUGUGAGCUCUCCGCGCAAUACGCGGCACGCAUUCCCGCGAACUUGUGUUCCAAACUCAAAACUUUAAAAAACUUUAUUUUUUAAAUUCAGUUUUUGUGCAACGUGUGCAUGAAGGUUAGAAAGGUGGAUACAUUUAUAUAGUGCAUUAACUCUAUGCAAGAUGGCUCUUAGUGCGAGAUUUAUCGUCACGUGCAGUUUCUUACUUUUAACCAAACUAGCAGCAUCAGUAGAGAAGCGACCAGUGUUGCUGACGUCAGCGGAAUCAUCGGAGACGUCCACGGAGGUGACGGUGGUGUCAGUAGCCAGUUCGUCCUCAUCGGAAAUACACGAGGGUUCAGGGGAUGAUCCACCCGAUCCUUCGAUAUCCAGUGGUCAUAUCAAGAACGAGACAAGGGAAGCGUUAAAAACCGAUGGAACCGAACAAGAUCCGGUGGUGUUUCUAUCGGAGAAGAACAGCUACAUUCCUGUGAGCAUCAAGCCCAGAUCGCCAGCCGUGGAUACCACGUGGCGCGAGCCACCGGCUUGGGAGAGGGAAUACCGGCGUCACAGGACCAAUGGCAGCAGAGUGCAGUACAUUGAAGCCGAAUGCCAGGACGACUUCAUGAAAAUCAGAGUUGGCUUCAACGGGUCAUUCGCUGGACUUGUCUAUUCUGCGGGAUAUUCGUACGACCCUGACUGUAUGUACAUCAACGGCACGGGGCGCGACUACUACGAGUUCUACAUCCAGCUGAACCGCUGCGGCACCCUCGGCAGGAACAGCCAGCACGACGACACCAGGAAACAUCCCACUAAGAACCUGAUGUGGAACACGAUCACAGUGCAGUACAACCCACUGAUUGAGGAGGAGCUGGACGAGCACUUCAAGGUCACCUGCGAGUACGGAUACGACUUCUGGAAGACCGUCACAUUCCCUUUCUUGGACGUUGAAGUGGCGACGGGCAACCCGGUGGUGUUCACACUGCAGCCUCCGGAGUGCUACAUGGAGAUCCGCGCGGGGUACGGCGCCACCGGCGCGCGCGUCUCCGGUCCCGUGCGGGUGGGCGACCCCCUCACGCUGCUUAUCUACAUGAGGAGCUCUUACGACGGGUUUGAUAUUGUGGUAAACGACUGCUUCGCCCACAACGGCGCUACGAAGCGGAUACAGCUCAUCGAUGAAUAUGGAUGUCCAGUGGACGACAAGCUGAUCUCCCGGUUCCGAGGCUCGUGGUCUGAGUCAGGCGUGUUCGAAACGCAAGUAUACGCGUACAUGAAGACGUUCCGCUUCACCGGCUCGCCCGCGCUCUACAUCGAGUGCGACGUGCGCAUGUGCCACGGGAGAUGUCCGUCGCAGCCGUGUCAUUGGCGUAACAUGAAGAGUGUGCGACGUCGUUCAGUCGACGAUGCUGAGCGAGCGAGCGUGGCGCCGCGACUUUCCGAGAACAUCUCGUUGUUCCAGUCACUCCGCGUACUGCAGGAGGGAGAGGAAGACUCGGAACUUACCGCAAACAAAGGUUCACUAGAGGGUCAGACGUGCAUGCGUACGUCCGCAGUGUCCGCUCUCAUAGCAGCGUGCGGCGUGCUGGCGGCGGGGCUGUGCGCCGCGCUACUGGUAGCUGCGCGAGCCCUCACCCGCGCCUCGAGAGCUACCGGCCAUCACGCGUACGUGCCUCAUAAGGGGCGCAUCAAGUAAACGACCACUACACGCAACGCUACUAUACAACCCGCGCCAUCCUAAACGAGAUACCUUGUGACGUCACCCUGGGACUUGUUCCGAGAUCGAUCGUCAAUCAUUAUCGACAGCCUAUCCUAGUCCACUGCUGGACAAAGGCCUCUCCAAUUGCACGUCACUGAGAUUGAUCUUGGGCUACUCGCAUCCAGCAGCAGCAUCCAGCCAGCCAUCUAUCGAGAUCGAUAGGCCAAUGAUAUUAUAUGUAAAAAUAGACACUAGAAGGUCAGCCUUACGUCUGCGCGUGCGAUGUCCUGGCGGCGGGGCUGUGCGCAGCGUAUUGGUAGCUGCGCGCGCUCUCACCCGCGCCUGGAGAGUUACCGGCCAUCACGCGUACGUGCCUCAUAAGGGACACAUCAAAUAAACGAUCAUUACAGGCAACUCUACGAUACAACCCGCGCCAUCCAAAACGAUAUACCUUGUGAUGUCACCCUGGGACUUAUUCCGAGAUCGAUAGGUCAAUUAUAUUAUAUGUAAAUGCGCGCACUAGAAGGUCGGACUUGCGUCCGCUUUUAUAGCAGCGUGCGGCGUGCUGGCGGCGUGGCUGUGCGUCGCGCUACUGGCAGCUGUGCUCUCCCGCGCCUCGAGAGCUACCGAGCAUCACGCUUAUGUGCCUAAUAAGGGGCGCAUCAAGUAAGCAAUCACUACAGGCAACGCUACGAUACAAUCCGCGCGAUCCAAAACAAGAUACCUUGUGACUAGAGGAUUCGAUCCCGGUCGAUUUUUCAAAUCCCGGGAUAGUCCCGGGAUUGUAUUGGUAAUAGAAAGUGGUAACAAAAAGACAGUAAAACAUAUCAAAAUCAACUUUUAAUUUUAAAUCUUUAGUUAAAUCUGCAAAAAACCAAAACAAAAUUAUACUUUCUUCUGACAAAAUAAACAAACUAGGCACUUCAUAGUUUCGUUUGAAAACUAUUUCAUAAAUUAUUUGCAGAAGUGCCUAGUUUGUUUAUUUUAUUUUACAACUUAAAAAAAUCUACUUCUUAAGACUUGUUUAGAUAUACUAUAAAAAAGACUAUAGAUAGUCUUUCAUUAUUUUGGCCCGUUGAGGAAGAUGCCUUAGCAGAAUCUAUUUUUGAAGAUAGAUGAGUAUGUGGGCCUUUGGUUGAUCCUCCUAAGGUUUUUAAAAUAGCUAAGCAACGAGUACAUUGUGCCGCACUACCCGCUUUAUCGACUAAAAAAUGAUUCCACACUGACGAAACAUCUUCAUCUUUUUUAUGUUUGACAUAAAAACUUUCUUCGGAUAAUGUUUAUUUCUUAAAUCUAAACAAUUUUUUUUAUUGUUAUAUGUUUGUUCUACAUUGUUCCAAAGUAUUAUUUGACUGCUUGACAAAAAAACUGUUUUUAUGGUAGCCCCCCAUGUUUGAUAAUUCAAUAUUUUUUUAGUUGUUCUAGUUGUCCCUAACAGUGUUCCAAAGUAUUAUUUGAAAAAACUCAAAUUUGAAGCUGUCGGGUAAUAAAACCUUUUAUUUAUAAAAUAAAAUCGUACUAGAGACAAUAAAUAAAUCAACAAUAAUUUUAAACAAUGACGAUUGUAUCAGCACAACCGUGUCGUGUACAAUUUCCAAACAUGGGGGUAACAUAGAAAAACUUUUUUUUUGUCUGGCAGGUUCAAAUUUUAGUUUUUUCAAAUAAUUCUUUGGAACAAUGUAGAACAAACAAAGAACAAUCCAGAACAACCUGACAGACUAACUUCACAGACGUGCCGCGCGCAUUUUGUGGUAGGUAAUUCAAUACUGUCGCUGACUGCUUUUAAAUCACCUACUGUUAAUUUUAUCAAAAUGGUACAUUUUUGUUGAGGAUUUUUUACAAACAGAUGCUGUUGACAAUUGUUUCCAUAAUAUUUCCGAUUUCAUCCUACAACAGAUAUUCUUGAAUAAGUUGUAUAUGAACCUAAAAAAACAUAUUUUAGAAGCUACAGUUAAAAAAAGCAUACACAUAUUAAAAAACGAGCACCAGAAUUUUGUAGUACCUAUAUACCAGAUAAAAAAACAACCAUUACACAAUAUAUUUAUUAUUUAAUCUAAAUAAAUAUAACACGCGUUAAUAAAGACAUCGUCGCGUGACAUACUGUUCUCUUUCACAUUAUUCCUGAGAGAAUGUGCGUGAGGGUCUGACUUUUGCGUCGUCACUUUCAAAUAAAAUUCAAUAUUGACGCGAUUUAUACUUUAUGAAAUAAGAGUUUAUUACAUAUGGCCAAUUAAAUAAGAUCAUAUAACAUACGAACAAUUGCAAUUCUCAUCAUUGGGUAGCAUUAUAACUUGUCUCAGUAAAGAUGCGAAUUGAAAGUCUCUCUUGCAAAUAAGAAUUUGAGGCAAGGAUAGAAUGUUGUGCGUCGCCAUUAUGGAUUCGUUUCUUUAUUGGCGCUAGUUUAGUUAUAAAAGAAAAAACAUUUUCUAUUGUAAUAUCCAGCAAACACGUUAGAUUUUAAGUUUAAAUAAACAUACUCAUUAUUGAUAAGUAAUAAAGAAGGAGACAGACUGAGAGGACUCAUAUUUUAUUAAAAUAUAUCUCCUCCUCUUUGUCAAGAUUACUACAUUAAAGUUACGUCUCAAGAUUGUGAUAAAAAGAUAAGUUAGUUAAGUAUUGUAAGUAGCUUUAUAAGAUUAAUUUAUUGACUCUUAGGUAUAGGUUAUUUUUCUCUUGAUGUAAUCACUCAAAUAAUACUCAGUUGAAGUGUAGCGAAAUGAUGUCGCUUUAUUUAUUAUAAUAGGUUGGAGAAAGUCUUUUCGCAUUAAAGUAUGUAUGAACUUGUAAUAAAAUCUCUUUAACUAUACCAUUUGUAUCUGGCUGGUUUUGAUAUGUUAUAAUGAAUUCUCUGUAUAGUCCUGACCUUUUACCUUCAGAUUUCCACCUGUUUCGGCCUCUUCAGAAUUAUUUAGGCAGUGUCGGGUUAACAUCACGAAAGGGCUACCAAUACUACUUGUCGCGGUUUUUGACCAAAAGCCCCAAAAUUUCUAUAUUAAUGGGAAUCAUGUCCCUACCUACAAUAUGGCAAAAACUUAUCGAACAAAAUGGCACCUACAUACUUUAGGUAAAAUAAACUUUAUAAAAAAAAGUGAAUUUUCAUAUAAUAUGCGAAGAAAAUUUUCAUCAUCAUCAUCAUCAUCGGCCUAUUAAUGUCCCCACUGCUGGGGCACAGGCCUUCCCUAUGGAUGGAAUAGGGAGAUUGGGCCAUGAUCCACCACGCGGGCCCAGUGCGGAUUGGUGGGUGCUAACGACUGCAGAUGCAGCCGGGACCAACGGCUUAACGUGCCUUCCGAAGCACGGAGGAGCUCGAUAUAGUAAAUUUUUGGUCACCCAUCCAAUGACCGACCAAGAAAAAUCUACCCCAACCUAAUAGGUAACGCAUACAUUUAAAAAAGGAAAAAAAUAUUUAAAUUAUCCCCAAAAAAUAGUUAACGAUCAUCCUAAACAACAAUCGGUAACCUAAAGGUUAGGAUAUGCUAUGAAUUGUAUAUUUUUGAUGAUCAUUUAUUAUUUUUUGAUAUUGAAGUAUGUCUUUAAAAAUACUUAUUUAUAAUUUAUAGUAAGAAAUGGCAAUAUUCAUAGUUCAAUCAUAAUAAAGGCGAGAAUUGUUGGCACUGAACAUUGAUAGAAUGUAGAAGAAGAAUUUAUGAAGUUUCUUCUCAUUAUUGAUAUGAAAUGCGAGCAGUUAGUACCUCAACUUUCCAAAACAUUUACUUCAAAGCACUUUGCUGUAGAUAAAGUAAUAAUCGCUUGAGUUUUACUAGUUGAUAAUUUUACUUGGUGUUUCUACAAAAGAGCUCAUUUGAUUAAAGUGAUAUCACAAAUUAUGGAAACAAUAAAAAAUAUCAAAUGUUUUAUUUAAAGUUAAAUAUAUUUCUUGAAAUUAUACAAUUAGCGGUGCUGACCAAAUGGUGCUGUAAGAUAUAUUAACGUUAAAAGUUCAAAAGUGUAAAUAAUAGAUAAAGGUAAUAUUUUUCUCACUAUUAGAUUUUAGUAAUAUAAUAAUUAAGUAGAUUUUUCACUGUAUUGUACAUUGUUUUGAAGUGUGAAAAUAAAUGGUUUGAAAUAUAUUUGUAUCUUGAUUCAUUAGCAUGACACCUUAUCACUUUAAUAUUUUCUAAAUGGAAAUUAUUUCCCCUGUUCCAUUUAUCCCUACAGACAUAUCUCCACUACUAGUGGAUACUUAGUUUUUUUUCAUUAAUCGCUUGCAGUUGGGUUAUAUGGAACUUUAUAUUCCAUAUAUCCCUACUGAUCCGCAUUGCAAGGGAUAAUUGGAUAUAUUUUUUCCAUUUAUCGCUACCAGUAGAGAUAAGUUUUCAAGUAUUUUUUAUAUGAUUAACUAGUUGUUCCUGAAUUACUUGUGAAAGUGCCAGGAGACCAUAAAAAUAUUCAGAACCAGUAAUUAAAAAUUACUUUCUUUCUUUCCAUUUUUAUAGCCAGAACCUCUUAGCCUUGUAUGGUAUCCUGGUACUAUUACGGAAUAAUGAUUUUUAUAUGGGAAACUAAAAUGAGGUUAUAAAACAAACCAUAGGCGUAUUAUAAUUCAAUGAAAAUACAGGGCGUCCCACGGCUACCUCACACGGAGGGAAAGUAUAUUAAAUAUUGAAGAUAGGACAUUUUACUGAAAGAAGACAUCAUUUUAUUUUUAAUAAUAACUAGAUCUGCAUUCAGAGAUUUAUUUAAAAUCGCCUACUACAACUGAGAAUCAAAC